GAAAUCAUUAGUCAAGGCGCUUGGAGGCGGCGACCAAUGGAUGUGCGCGUUGUUGGAGCGACUGAGACGCGCGAGUCGGUGACCGUCUGAAGGGGGGAGAAAAAGAGAGAGGAAGUGGCAGGGUUGUUCGUUUUGAGAUUUCACCCGUCAUGAGUUCCAUCGGCACCGGGUAUGAUCUGUCAGCCUCCACAUUUUCUCCAGAUGGCAGAGUAUUUCAAGUAGAGUAUGCUAUGAAAGCUGUUGAAAACAGCAGUACAGCAAUUGGGAUACGGUGUAAAGAUGGUGUUGUCUUUGGAGUAGAAAAACUAGUCCUGUCCAAACUGUAUGAGGAAGGAUCCAAUAAACGUUUGUUUAAUGUUGAUCGACAUGUGGGAAUGGCAGUAGCAGGACUCCUCGCUGAUGCGCGAUCUUUGGCUGACAUAGCAAGGGAAGAAGCUUCUAACUUUAGAUCCAACUAUGGUUAUAAUAUUCCAUUAAAACAUCUUGCAGAUAGAGUGGCUAUGUAUGUACAUGCCUAUACUCUCUACAGUGCUGUAAGACCUUUUGGCUGCAGCUUCAUGUUGGGUUCCUAUGAUGAUGAUGAUGGUGCUCAGCUUUAUAUGAUAGAUCCAUCAGGAGUUUCAUAUGGUUAUUGGGGAUGUGCCAUUGGUAAAGCAAGACAGGCUGCAAAGACAGAGAUUGAAAAGCUCCAGAUGAAAGAAAUGACCUGCCGUGAUGCUGUUAAAGAAGUUGCAAAAAUAAUCUACAUAGUCCAUGAUGAAGUAAAAGAUAAAGCCUUUGAACUUGAACUCAGUUGGGUUGGAGAAAUAACUAAAGGAAAACAUGAAAUUGUACCCAAAGAUGUUAAAGAAGAGGCAGAAAAAUAUGCUAAGGAAUCUUUGAAAGAAGAGGAUGAAUCAGAUGAUGAAAACAUGUAACAUUGUCACUUGAAUUCAUUUUGUAAUCAAGGCCUGCUUACGUAUUUGCCAUUACGUAUGUGCUAAAAUAUUUUAACGACCAACUUGCACUAAACUAUUUUCCAAUUACU